AUGUGUAUUUCUUUUAAGGGGAGGGGAGUACAUAUAUACAACUCAGAUAAUUAUAACACCAGUUUGCUGGACUUGAACGAAGCUAGCAAGAUGGUAGCAAAUUUUAAAGUUUUCAAGAAGGUCUCUCCGAAUGGAAAAGUGACAGUGUACCUCGGAAGGAGGGACAUCGUGGAUCAUGUGACGGCCAUCGAACCGAUUGAUGGCGUCGUGGUGGCGGAUACGAGCUACCUUGCUGACCGGAAGCUUUUCGGGCAGGUGGUCUGCAGCUUCCGCUACGGAAGAGAGGAAGAUGAAGUGAUGGGCCUCAGCUUCCAGAAGGACCUCUACCUCUGUUCUGUCCAGAUUUAUCCUCAACUCGAGAAACCGGACUUCAAUCUCACCAAGUUACAGGAACGACUGCUGAAGAAGCUUGGGCCAAAUGCUUUUCCAUUCACUUUUAAGUUGCCUCCGAACGCGCCUGCUUCGAUAACCAUUCAGCCUGGACAGAACGAAACAGGAGAACCCUGUGGAUUGCAGUACUUCUUGAAGAUGUUCGUUGGAGAACAUGAAACUGACCGCUCCCACAGGAGGAGUACUGUGUCAUUAGGUAUUCGCAAAGUCCAAUAUGCGCCUUCGAAAAGCGGAAGGCAGCCUUGUACCGUGGUCAGGAAAGACUUUAUGCUUAGUCCUGGAGAAUUGGAGCUGGAAGUCGUCCUGGACAAACAGGUCUAUCACCACGGUGAGAGAAUCGCAGCAAACAUAUGUGUGCGGAACAACAGCAACAAGAUGGUCAAAAAGAUCAAAGCGAUGGUCCAGCAGGGUGUCGACGUGAUGCUUUUCCAGAAUGGCCAGUACAGGACUACCAUUGCGUCACUCGAGACCGAUGAGGGUUGCCCUAUCCAGCCAGGUUCCAGUAUGCAGAAGGUAGUCUAUCUCACUCCGGAAUUGGCUACCAACAAAGAGAGAAGAGGCAUAGCUCUGGAUGGUCAAAUAAAGGGAGAAAUGGCUAAUUUGGCGUCUUCCACUUUAUUCUCCUGCGGUGACCAGAAAGACAUCUUCGGGAUUGUGGUCUCCUACGCAGUUAAGGUGAAGCUCUACCUCGGUGCCUUGAGCGGUGAGCUGGCCGCAGAACUGCCAGUCAUCAUCAUGCACCCCAAGCCCAGCAAGAUCCCGCUGCUAAAAGCUGAUAGCCAAGCGGAAAUUGAAACGUUCAGACAAGACACUAUCGACGUGGAUGCCAUGUGAUUUGCUACGAUCGAAUACUUCAUGAGCUAAUAUGCUAUAAUUUCUUAUUAUUCUUGAUAUGAAGCUAGAAAAGGAACAUUAAUAUUAUCGUUAUAUGGUUAAUCAUAUAUUUAAUACACGUUGAAUAGUUAUUUUCUUAAACCCUUCAACGCGUUAAAGUAAUUAUAGAUGUAUAAUAAAAAUAUGUUAUGACCAUAGGAUAUUUACUAAUAAUUAUUUUUAAGGAUAAAUAAUUUGAGCAGGCAGAGGAAAAUUCGUUUUAACUGGUGUUAUAUAUUUAUGUUUGUAAAAGACAGUUGUAUUUUAUCUAAAAAGAAAUAUUACUUAAAAUAUUGUAUAUAACUUGAAAAUAUAUCUAUAUGGCAAUCGA